AUAAAAAAAGCAAGGCCCAUGUAAUGGCGGAAAAAGAGGAAGGCAGCUCAUGGAUAGAUCCCAGUCUCCUGGUUGGUCUGGGACUAGUGGCAGCUGGAGCUAUUUAUUACUUAGCUUCUAGAAGAGAGAGAGAAAGGAUAUCUGUACCUAUAGAUAACCAGAGCAUUGAAUUACCAGGUGGGGUGAGGAUAUCAAGAUAUUGUGUUAACGAGGAGCUGUUGGCUUACAAGUAUGAGGACUCACGGACUCUUUAUGAAGCAUUCAUGAGAGGGAAAAGAGUAUCAAAUGAUGGCCACUGCUUAGGAUGGAGAGAGACAAAAACCUCACCUUAUCAAUGGCUGACAUAUUCAGAAGUAGAGGAAAGGUUUAUGAACUUUGGAUCCGGUCUCAGUAAAAUUGGUGUAGCAGCAGGACAAGAGACAUUUCUUGGAGUAUAUUCAUCAAAUUGCAUUGAAUGGACGAUUAUUGAACAAAGCUGUCAUGCUUAUUCACGUAUUGUUGUGGCACUGUAUGAUACACUUGGACCAGAGGCUGUGGCACACAUCAUUAAUCAAGCUGCCAUAGAGUGUAUUGUCUGUCACUCAUCAAAAGUGUCUGGUCUCAUUAGUCAGGUAUCUAACUGUCCAAGUCUUAAGAAGCUCAUCACUAUUGGGUCAGAGGUCAGUGAAGAUGAGAAGAAAGCAGCUGCUGAUGUCGGACUGGAACUGUUCACCUUUCAAGAAGUGGAGGAACAAGGGAAAGAACACAGAGCUGAGCCAGUAUUACCUACUCCAAAUGACAUAACUACGAUAUGCUAUACUAGUGGUACUACAGGCCUGCCUAAAGGAGUCAUCCUGACUCAUGGUAACGUGAUAGCCAAUGUCUCUGGGAUGUGCAAGCAUAUAGAGGAGUCAAUUGUUCUUAGUCCUAGUGAUUGUCAUAUAUCAUUUCUGCCAUUGGCUCACAUGAUGGAGAGGUGUGUCCAGGCUAUUGUAUUUAUGAACGGAUUAAAGCUGGGCUAUAUGUUUGGUGACAUUAAGAACUUAGUCAACGACAUUCAAGUUCUGAAACCAACCAUAUUCAUAUCAGUACCACGCCUACUGAACAGGAUUUAUGAUAAAGUGCUGAGUGGUGUAAACUCCAACAAGACAAAGAAGUGGCUUUUUGAUACAGCCUUUAAAAGUAAACUAUCUGAAGUUAAAAGGGGUAUACUAAGACGGGACUCAAUUUGGGACUAUAUCGUGUUUGGAAACAUACAGAAACUGCUUGGAGGAAACGUGAGGCUAAUUAUAACAGGAUCUGCUCCUAUCAGUGAGAGAGUCGUCUACUUUUAUCAAGUGGCUUUCGGAUGCUAUAUAGUUGAAGGCUAUGGUCAAACAGAAACAUCUUCUGGUUGCACAAUGUCCUUACCUGCUGAUACCACCUGUGGGCAUGUUGGACCUCCUGUACCAUCAGCUAAAGUUAAAGUAGUUGAUGUCCCUGAUCUGAAUUACUUUGCAUCAAAUGGAGAAGGAGAGAUAUGUUUUAAAGGUCCUUCUUGCACUAGUGGGUAUUUUAAGGAAGAGGAGAAGACGAAGGCAUUGAUUGAUGAAGAUGGUUGGGUUCAUUCUGGUGAUAUUGGUAAAUGGCUGCCUAAUGGAACACUCAAGAUAACUGAUAGAGUCAAGCACAUUUUUAAACUCUCACAAGGAUUGUAUAUUGCUCCAGAGAAAGUUGAAAAUGUCUGCAGUCGGUCUCCUUUCAUUGCUCAAAUGUUUCUAUAUGGAGACAGUCUGAGGAGCAGCUGUGUGGCUAUUGUAGUACCGGAUGAAGAAGUACUGAUGCAAUGGGCAGGGGAACAUGACAAAGGAGGCAAAUCAUUUGAAGAACUCUGCACUGAUGAGGAAGUAAAGAAAGCCAUAUUUGAAGAUUUAUAUAAUGUGGGGAAGAGAGAUGGCCUGAGUUCCUUGGAAAUACCUAAAGCUAUAGAACUCACUUCCACUGCAUUCUCUGUUGAGAAUGAUCUACUGACUCCAACUUUUAAGCUGAAAAGGCCAGCAGCUCGUACCAAGUAUAUGCCAGACAUUGUUGAAAUGUACUCUCAGCUCCCUGCUUAGCACUUAUAGAACAGUCCUCCUAUCCUAACUUUAAACUAUUGUUUAUAUAAUAUUGAAAACUUCUCCCUCAACUGAU